ACGAGCUGGCGGGGGCGAAAGAUGGAGACUCCCCUCGGGUGGUCGCAAGGGGGGUCAGGUUCCGUGUGUCUCGCCUUCGAUCAACUGCGGGACGUGAUUGAAUCUCAGGAGGAAUUAAUCCAUCAGCUGAGGAAUGUGAUGGUUCUCCAGGAUGAAAAUUUUGUCAGUAAAGAAGAGUUCCAGGCAGUGGAGAAGAAACUGGUGGAAGAAAAAGCUGCUCAUGCCAAGACCAAAGCCCUCCUGGCCAAGGAAGAAGAGAAAUUGCAGUUUGCCCUCGGAGAAAUAGAAGUGCUGUCCAAACAGCUGGAGAAAGAGAAGCUGGCCUUUGAAAAAGCGCUCUCCAAUGUUAAGAGCAAAGUCCUGCAGGAAUCCAGCAAGAAAGACCAGCUUAUCACCAAAUGCAAUGAAAUUGAGUCUCACAUUAUAAAGCAAGAAGAUAUUCUUAAUGGCAAAGAGAAUGAGAUUAAGGAGUUGCAGCAAGUUAUCAGCCAACAGAAACAGUUCUUCAGGAAUCACAUGUCUGACUUCCGGAUCCAGAAGCAGCAGGAGAACUACAUGGCCCAGGUGCUGGACCAGAAGCAUAGGAAGUCCUUGGGGAUGCAGCAGGCCCGGAGCCAGCGUCUCAGGGAAAAAUAAAAUGGUUGUCUCCUUCCUGUUCUCUGGCUGUA